AUGAAAAGAGUAAUGAAAAAUAAAAAUAUACAUCGGAAUAUUAAUGUAUCAGUGUUUAAAGGGAACGAGGAUCAGGCUCUUGGUUACAUCGCUUACCAGCGAGUUCAUCAGCAAAUAUACUUGAGGGUGGUAAUACCGCAGAUACAAAAGCUCUGUUAUAUGCUAUUUAAACUACGCGCAAUACAGCAAAGUAUUAGUAGUCUAAAAUUAUCGGUAAUAAUGGAACGUUGGAACGGUAAAGUCGCAAUAGUAACUGGAGCAAGUGCUGGUAUCGGAGAAGCAAUUGUUCGAUCUUUAGUUUUUCAUGGAUUGAACGUCCUUGGACUUGCACGUCGUGAAGAUCGUCUUCAGAAGUUGUCUCAGGAUCUAAAACAGUCAAAAGGAACUUUUUAUUACUUACGCUGUGACGUAGAAAACGAAGAAGAUAUAUUAAAAGCUUUUGCAUUUGUUAACGAUAAAUUUGGCGGUGUUGACGUUUUGAUAAAUAAUGCCGGAAUAGUCAGAGAAAACUCCUUCGAACACGUUCAAACAGAGGAUCUUCGUGCUAUAUUAAACGUAAAUGUUCUUGCACCCGCUAUUUUCAUGCGGGAAGCUCUAAAAAUAAUGCGUCAACACAAAAAUGAGACUCAUAUUAUUAACAUUAAUAGCGUAUUUGGCAUUAAUGGAAAAACGUCACUGCCGAUUAAUAUUUACCCAGCUAGCAAAUUUGCAUUGCGAGGCAUGACCGAUACUUUUAAAGCUGAUCUAGAAUUUUCUAAAGUUACUUCAAUUCGAGUUACGAGCAUCCACGUAGGACUUACGUUAACAGAAAUAUUUGGUGACUCGGCAUUGUUCGAAGAAAUAAAAUCUAAAUUUCCCUACUUAGAAAGCAGCGAUAUUGCUGAUAGUGUCGUUUUUGUACUCUCGAUGCCUUCUUACGUGCAAUUGGAUGAAAUACAAAUCACUCCUAAAUUAAUAAAUGAUUUUGCUGUCCAGAGACGUCUUAAAGACAGAAAAAAAAUCCUGUCUGAUAGAAUGGAACGCUGGGCUGGAAAAGUUGCUAUUGUUACUGGUGGAAGUGCUGGUAUCGGCGAAGCGAUCGUUCGAUCGUUACUUUCUUAUGGAUUGAACGUUCUUGCCAUUUCUAAUCGUCAAGAUCAACUUGAAAAUUUAUUUAACGAUCUUAAAGAUUUUAAAAAUAAUUUACAUUAUAAAUAUUGUGACAUUCAAAACGAGAAAGAUAUUCUCAAUGUUUUUGAGUAUGUUAAAGAUAAAUUAGGUGGCGUUGACAUAUUGGUUAACAAUGCUGGAAUCAUUAGAGAAAGCACUUUUGCAAACGUCAAAACAGAAGAACUGUGUUCUAUUUUGAACGUGAACGUUCUUGCUCCUGCAAUUUUCAUUCGAGAAGCAUUGAAAAUUUUGCGUGAACAAAAAAACGAUGCCCAUAUUAUCAAUAUUAAUAGUAAAUGGGGCAUUGAUGGAGCAAUAGCUUUUCCAGUCAAUAUUUAUCCAGCGAGUAAGUACGCUUUACGUGGUAUAACCGAUACACUAAAAGAAGAACUAAUAUGGGCCAAAGAUGAUGCAAUACGGGUGACGAGUAUCUAUCCAGGACUUGUGGCUACAAAAAUUACCGGUGACUCAGUGGUGUUCAAUAAACUUUUACGAAAGCUUACACAGAUUGAGCCUAAGGAUGUCGCUGACUGUGUCGUAUUCGCAUUAUCAGCUCCUCUUCACGUACAGGUACAGAUUUUUAUCUAUUACCUGAUACGUUAUACACCAUUUUAAUUUUUUACACAGGAUAGUAAUAAGUAACAAGAUUAACCAAUUAAUUUUUUU